GUCUGGUGUGUCCUCUGGAGGUGUCGGUCAGUUCAGGGAGUAUCCAGGUUGCCCGAGGCCAGACAGCAGUGUUGCCCUGCACCUUCACCACUAAUGCUGCUCUCACAAACCUUAACGUCAUCUGGAUGGUGAUUCCUCUUUCGAACGCCAACCAGCCUCAACAGGUUAUUCUCUACCAAGGGGGUCAGAUCUUUGGUGGUGCACCCCAGUUCUACGGGCGAGUGGGGUUUGCUGUGACAAUGCCAACCACCAGUGCCUCCAUCUUCAUCAACAACACCCAGCUCUCGGACACGGGCACGUACCAGUGUCUGGUCAACAACCUCCCCGACCGGGGCGUCAGGAACAUUGGAGUCAUUGGACUCACUGUCCUGGUUCCUCCUUCUACCCCUCUGUGCAGAAUCCAGGGGUCCCUGGAUGUGGGCAGCGACGUCACACUGACCUGCAGCUCAGAAGAAGGCAUCCCCCGGCCAACAUACCUCUGGGAGAAACUGGACAAUGUUCCCAAGUUGCCCCCAACUGCCACACAAGACCAAGUCCAGGGCACUGUCACUCUCCGAAAUAUCAGCACUGUGUCCUCAGGUCUUUACCAAUGUGUGGCUUCAAAUGCCAUUGGAACCAGCACUUGCCUUCUGGACCUGCAAGUCAUUGCACCCCACCCCCGGAGCGUUGGCCUGAUCGCGGGAGCGGUGGCCACGGGAGCUGUGGUGCUCGUCGUCUGCGUUGUCUUGGUGGCCGUGGCACUGUUUUACUGGAAAAACAAACACAAAGAAGAGGAAGAGGAGGAGAUUCCCAAUGAGAUAAGGGAGGACGACCUGCCGCCCAAAUGCUCCUCUGCUGCGAAGACGUUCCACGCCGACGCCUCCUCGUCG